AUGAGAAUAAAUUUUCUACAACAAGAUUCAUCACUGACGUCGAAUGUCCUAAAGUACUGUCCACCUGAAACUGCUCCCAAGAAAUUAUCAAUAAAAAUGAGCAUAAAUUUUCUACAACAAGAUUCAUCACUGACGUCGAAUGUCCUAAAGUACUGUCCACCUGAAACUGCUCCCCAGAAAGUUAGUUUCAGCACUUUGUAUGAAAACUGGUGCCGCCUGGUGGCUCAAGCGGCGAAAUUGUGA